CCCGCAGUCAGUUCUCAAAGAGGAUCGGGAGAAGAAAGGUCAAGCUCAUAGGUUCUGCAACAAGAAAUCUCUUUUUUCAAAGACAAUGAUGAGGAUACUGGUGACACUGCUACUGGCGGCUCUUCUGGCACGGCAUGCUACGUGGGCAAUCUCGUGUGCCGGCUGUGUGGACUUGGACGAAAUCAACUUUAAAAAUACCGUCGAGCGAUUUCCAUUUGCUGUGGUCAAGUUUGAUAUUGCGUUUCCCUAUGGGGAGAAGCACGAAGCAUUUGCUGCCUUAUCCAAGGCAGCCCACAGGGUAACUGGAGAGCUACUGGUGGCCACUGUUGGAAUUAAAGACUAUGGUGAACUGGAGAACAAGGCACUGGGUGAGCGAUUUGAGGUUGACGACAAGAAUUUCCCGGCCAUACUCCUCUUCAAGGGCAGCGUGGAGCAGUACGUUAAGUUCCCCAGUCACUUGGAGGUAACGCUGGACAAUCUGAAGGCCUUUGUAAGCAGCAACACCCCCCUGUAUAUUGGUCGCGAUGGUUGCCUUAAGGAAUUCAACGAUGCCGUCCAAAACUACGCAAACCUACCGGAUAAAGCUCAACUCAGCUUGAUUGAGGAUCUAGAGACCCAGCAGGGGAAUCUCUCCAAGCCGGAGGAGAAGUUGAGUGGCAAAUAUUACUUGUUGUACAUGAGGAAAAUUAAUGAGAAUGGAUACGGAUUCCUCGAGGAGGAGACAAAGCGACUGCUCCGUCUCAAAGCCGGGAAAGUGACAGCCGCCAAGAAGCUGGAGCUGCAGCAAAAGUUGAAUAUUCUGGAAGCCUUUCGUGUCCACAACAUAACCAAAGUAGCGCCCGAAAAGGGGUCAUCAAAGGAAGAUCUGUGAACCAGUAUCUUCUGUACUUUCCGCAAAAAUAAACAAAAUUUUAGUGAUCUUCAAGUACA